CGCUAAUUCGAUUUGAACGCAUCGCUCGCGCGCGCGUAGGCGGUGCGGUCGUGUCGCGUCGUGCCGUUGCUCCCAAGUGCGCGCGUUCUCUCUCUCUCUCUCUCGUUACCCCCGCGGUGUUUGGCGACACGGCGGGAGCACCGUCCGCGACGUAACGUCGUCGACGGGUAGGCGAGGCGAUCUCGUCUCCUCCCGCGAUUCCGUCUCCGGCGCGCGCGGCAGUUACGUCCCGCGAAACGGAAGUGCGAGACAACACCGGUCGGCAGUGCCCUUCGUAGCGUACACACAAGGUUAUCGGACUUACCUCGCGUAGGUGGUGCGAUCGGCGCGGUGUCCGAGUGUCGCUCGUCGCUCUCUCGCGGUCGACGAUCAACAAGUGCGGCGGCCAACAGUUGCGGCCACGUGACGGCCGCGAGGUACAACAACGCCGCGGGCUCUUCUCGCGCUCCUGUUGAGUUGAAAAGGAAUCCCCCGUGCCACUCGGAAGGUGUGAGACGUCCGACGUGAACCCGGGGGUACGACCGUACGCUUCGGUCAUCGGCGAACGCGGAGUCGCCGCGCGUGUGAUCGGAGCGCGGCUAACUUCAGCCCGCCGACGUGAAUCGAAUCGCUCCGGCAAUAUAGCGCGCGCGCGCGCGCGCGCGCGCAUCGACGACAGUUCUCGCGGCACGUCUCGCGCGAAGCCGAGUGCGAAGCCGAGAGGAGACGUGACGUAUCGCGUUGGCAAAACGAAUCCCCGUCGCGUCCCGUCGCUCGGAAGGAUUUCGCGGAAGUGCGGGCCGCGGCGUUUAUUCGCGGAAAAGUGAAGCGCAGGCCGGAAACGCAGGCCGGCCCGUGAGAGGAAGACGGCGGCGGAGAGUGACCGUAUAGGUGAUACGAUCGCGCGGGAAUCGCGAAACGGAGACGCCGCGGCGGUGCGGCGUCAACCCGGUGUUGCGGCUUUCGCCGACGUUGUUUCCACGAGUGAAUUUUAACUACGCCGCGCGCCGCCUCUGGACACGUGGACGCGCGCGGCGGCACCGCCUCGUCGCCGUGAAUCCUCCGAUGCACGAUAAAAUGCGUGUAAGAUCGUCGAGGUGACCGUGGGAGCAUGGAGACUGUGCAGGAAGGUGGUGGUCGUCUGCAAAAUGGUUCGACCGACGCGAAGAUGCCGAAUCGGUUGAAGCUCGUGCAAAGUGACGAAAAUGACAAGGUGACGAGUGGAAAGGCGGCGGAGAUGGAUCCGUACAGGGAACUGGAGCUCUAUCUCGCCAAGGUUAAGGAGGAAAUCGGCGAGAUAAUCGAAUCAGCUCCAACGACUCCGCUCCACGUCGUAAAAGAGACAAAGCACUCGACUCCGGCCGAAAAAUUGUCGAGCUGCACGAACGACUCGUUUGCCCCGAAGGAUUUGCCCGCGAAGUCGCACGGUUUCGUAAGGAGGCAAAACUCAUUGACGAGAGGCGGCGAGGAUAUCGGCGAGUGGUCGAACAGCAUCCUCGCGGAGUUCAAUAGCAUAAUCGCCAACGAGAUCAACGAGCUUACCAAAGAGAAGACGAGGAGGGAAGCCGUGCGUAGCGACGACGGCGACAGAGUGGUACAAUACAAAGAGCUGCUGAACGAAUUCGGGAUAUCAGACAGCGAGUGCUCCGAUCGGGAGUUGUUCGGCGGUGUACACGGCUCUCCCAGAGACGAGAAGAGUCUGCGAGACCGCAGGAACGGGAAACUGUUCGUCGACGACGAUCGUCGCUGCCUGCUGAAUUCCGAUUACGACGAGCCUCACGACCGAGUCCUUCCCGAGGGAAGGAAGAGCGGCAGCCUGCCCGAGAAUCUCCAGGGCAUCGUUGAGAAGCGCGGCCGAUUUCAUACCGCGGAGACCCUGAGCUCCGACUACGACGAGCCCAGCAACUGCCUGCCGAUAAGCUCGAUCAGGAACCAAAUCGAUAGGAUCACCUCUAGUCUACCGUCCAAGUUGGAGCGUGAAUGCAUCUCGAAAGACACACGAUCGAAUCCUUGCCAUGCACCAAAGACACCCGUAGGAUUAAGUUCGAGGACCAAUGAAGACGCCAACGUGGACGCGCUCCAAGCCGGAUCGCCCGGACGCGCCGGGGAGGACCCCGAGGAGGCGAACGCGAGAUUACCGCCGCGACAACGAUCCGAGAGAAAGACCAGUCUUCCCAUCAUUCUAACGAACCAAAAGCGUCGAAAGGCGAUGCGACUGCAGAGACUCCGACGAGGCUCUGACGACCAAGAGGCCAUGGAUCCCGAUUACGACUACGUGUUUCCGAACGAGGAAACCGGCAGAUCUAAAUCGUUGGACAAUCACGUCCCGAAGUCGGCGCCUGUGACGCCCACGGAGGAGAAGAAGCCGCCAUUCGCGAAAUUAUUGCGGAAACGGCACACCCCGGUGUUUCACGAGAGCUCCGACGACGUUAUCCUGGUCAGCGUGUCCUCGCUGCCGGAUCAAGAUAUGCUGCGCCUGAGAAACGACAGGCUCCACGAGACGAAGAGUGACAAGGCCAAGUCGAAAGAAACGUUGCUCCGAAAAAAGAGGGCGAUGUCGCCGCUGACUCUACGUUCCGAUGUCACGGCGAAGAGAUUGUCGGAAUCGGACAGAGAUAUCAGGCGAGUCAGCCCGGUGGACUUGAAGAAAUUCUCGUUGACGCGAACCUGGGGCAACGACGUUGCGGUGAAUUGCGACUUGUCCGAGAACGGUGACGUCAAUGGAAAUUGCGGGAUCGAGAACGGAACCCUCGGCAGGCUCGGGCACGCCGACGUGAAGAGGAUUAUGGAGGAGCAAAGCGCGAAAACGGGAUCCUUGCCUAUUUCUCUGCAGUCCUUGUUGUCGAGAAUACGAAGUGGCUCGGGUUCUUGUUGCCCAAAUAGCCCGCCGAUGGACACUCUCACCUGCUCCGACAUAGCGACCCAAACUUCACCGGCGAUUUCGAGAAGCUCCAGCUUCACCUGGGUCAGCGAUUGCGACUCUCCUCAAGCCGAGUCCCAGUUAGAUUCGCAGUCGUUGCAAGAUGAGAGCACCUUAGAUCCAGUUUCCCCGCAAGACACCGUGGACGACGACAAUAGAUCCUCGUCGUCGUCUCAAGAUCUCCUGCAGAGCAUGGACGAGAUUUCUUCCGGAAGUUUGUCGCCGGAUACCACCGACAGAGCAUCUCCGCUUGAAAGCGGGAUCGGGACAGCGAGUCCGCCCAGGAGUACGGAUCGACGAUUGACUAAACCGUCGACGCCGAGCAAGUGUCAUCGCAAAGAGACAUGGGAGCGGAUCCGGCGACGGCCGUCGAAACUGAAUUCGCGAAACGACAAGAACUCGCAGGACGUGUGGGUCAAACGCGAGAGCGUGCACACGCAAACGAAACAGAUGGACGAUCAGUACUCGCAGGACGCGGUGGACAGCAGUAGCGGCCUCGACGACUCGUUGCCGAGGAUCAGGACGCCCAGGCCUACGAAUUUACCGCUAUGCUUGUCCACCACUGCGAGCAGUUCCUUGAGCUCGGGCGAGCUUCUCGAAACGCCGCCCCGAGCGCCGUCUUCCCCGUCCGCGGCGAGUCUCCAGCUGAAGCCGGAACCCCUGGCCGUGGAAAUGGGCGGGAAGAGUAGCAGCGCGCCGCUGUUGGAGAACAAUGACGCCAAGAACGCCAACGGGAAGGUGCCGAGCUUGCAGCAGCAGCCGCGCUCGCAGUCGGAACGACAACUAUCAGAAAUCGAGGCGCAAGAAGCUUGCAAAUGGCUGAGAGCCGCCGGAUUCCCGCAAUACGCGCAAAUGUACGAAGACUACCAGUUUCCGAUUGACGUUUCCGGCGUAGCCAAGGACCACCCUUUCCUCGAGGCCGACUCGCUACAGAGCCUUUUCCGGCGUCUGCACGCCCUUAAUCGUUGCGCCAACAUGAAGCUCGACACGCACCACACGCACCACAGCACGAGCCACGGCAAGAGCAGCGGCGGUGGCGACGAAUCCGACGAGGACACGCAGUGCGCCUUGAGCGAGAAAUGGACCUUCGAGAAGAAGACGAGACGCUGGUCUCGCAUAGGCGACGUUACGGCGGCGAACGUCGAGAGGCUGCAGGCGAUCGCCGGGCAAAAUGCCGCGUCCGAGGACGACUCCCUCGAGGAUCGUCUGGAGGCCGAAGAAGCGGAGGACACCAUGCUGGAGAAUCUGCGGUACGGCAGCCUGCCGCCGGGGGCCGUGCCCGAUGAGAACGGCACGCGAUUCCGCCGGUCCGGCUCGGAGAGGCUGCGGGACGGCGCGAAGGCCUUCCUGAGGCGCGUCGAGUCCCUCAAGUCGCGGCGGCGGAAGCGGCAGAAUCGCGACGGGGUGGUGAUCAGCGGGCCGCAGGUGCUCGACGUGAUGUCCAUGCAGCAGAAGAUGAAGGAGCUCAACUGCGUGGACGUGUCGCCCACGGGGCCGGCGCCGGUGCCCUUCAACGACCUCCUGUCGGCUUCGCCUCUACAAAUUCCGGGCUCGCCGGUCACACUGCCGGCCUCUCCCUAUCAUCUGCCGCCGUCGCCGCUGGCGAACGCACCCAGCCCCUUCGGCGACGACUCCUCCAGCUACUGCUCGGACGGCUCGCAGGGCGGCGGACCGACACCGACGCCGACCCGCACGAAGAUGAACCGCGCCCGUCGGUUCUUACACCGCGGCAGGGAGGAUCAGGGCGCGCUCAGCGACUCCGAGUGCCAGCCGACGAACUGGCGGCACCGUUACUUCCGCGACGCUAACAGCAACCAUGCGAAGGUGCUGGAGUUCGUCAACGUACGCUCCCAAAGUUCCAAGGAGCGUUCGCAGAGUUCCACGCCGGCGAAGAAUGCACCGAUCAACACCCGCGGCGGCAGUCUGAACCUCGGCAAGGAAUCGCAGAGGUAUCGCGACAAGCUCGCGCAGGGCAAGGAAGAGAAGCCGGCGUCCUCGAAGCGGGAGGACAAGAUGCGCAAGAGCUUCCGGCGCCGCGACGACUCGCGUAGGGAAGACAAGUCUAAGGAAGUGACAGUCUACCGGGAAAAAUCCAGGUCCAGGAGCUCUGAAUUAGCCGGCAGUCAGGAGAGCGGCUCCACCGUGGCCAGCAGGGAUUCCGAACCGGAAGAGGAGUCGCCCAGACACAAGGGCACCGUCGUUAGGUGGCACAGCUUCCAGAGAGGGUCGCUCUACCCCGAACACUUGGACCAAUUGUGCCCCAGAGCGAUGGCUUCCAUGUCGUGCGGACAACUCUUGGUCCUGAGGAAGCUGGCAUUGUUGAAACUCACGGCGUGCAUGGAACGGUAUUGUCCGACCCACCGCACCGGCUGGAACUGGGAGCUGCCGAAGUUCAUCAGGAAAAUCAAGACGCCUGAUUACAAAGACAAGACGGUCUUCGGAGUGCCGCUCUUGCUGUCCUUACAGAGAACCGGUCAAGCUUUACCCAAGUGUAUCCAGAUCGCUCUGAGAUGGCUGCGAGCCAACGCGCUGGAUCAGGUGGGCAUCUUUAGAAAGAGCGGCGUCAAGUCGAGGAUACAGAAGCUGAAAAUUAUGACGGAGACUCAGGGAGACAAUAUCAAUUUUGACGGGCAGCAGGCGUUCGACGUCGCCGAUCUUGUCAAACAGUAUUUCAGAGAGUUGCCGGAGGCUCUGCUGACAAACAAGCUCUCGGAGACCUUUAUCGCCAUCUUCCAACAUGUACCGGUGGAGUUGCGGCCCGAUGCCGUGCAGUGCGUCCUGUUGCUGCUGCCGGAUGAGCAUCGCGAGGCGCUAGAGACUCUGCUCGACUUCCUCAACCAUGUCGCCAGCAACUCGCCCUACAACCAAAUGACAGCCUCGAAUCUGGCUGUGUGUCUAGCGCCGAGCUUGUUCCAUUUCAACCACAGCAACACGAACGUGACCAACAGGUCGAGCAGCGUGUCGCCACGUAGGCGAAAGACCGUGGGCAUUCCCGAUCAGCGGGAACUGUCGGAAAACAAAGCCGCUCACGACUGUCUUCUGUAUCUGGUCAAGAUGCAUCGUGAAUUAUUCAUGAUCUCAUCGGACAUGCUGACGCAGUGUCACUUUAAUUACAUGGAACAGAGCAUUCCGGUCGCGCUGGAGGAGCUCGGCUCGGAACUCAAGCAGGAUUGGAGGGGCUACCUGUACGCCUGCACCACGGCGUUGCUGAAGGAAGCGCGAGAAAACAGAAGUCGCGGUUGGGUCACGGUGAACAAUCCUGCCGACAAUAGCGUGGAAAUGGCGUACAAGAAGGUCGGCGACGGGCACCCGCUUCGUCUCUGGCGGGUGUCAACCGAAGUCGAGGCUCCGCCAAACGAGCUGUUACAUCGCGUGCUAAGAGAGAGGCACAUCUGGGAUCCGCAGCUUUUAAAAUACAGACUGGUGACCAAAUUGGACACCAAUGUGGAGGUCUUCCAAUACGCCACCGGGAACAUGAGUCCGCUGCCCGCCCGAGAUUAUUGCGUACUAAGAUCCUGGCGGAACGAUCUUCCCAAAGGUGCUUGCGUCAUUGUGGAAACAUCCGUGGAACAUCCAGACGCCCCUGUCAUGCUCGGGGGAACUCGCGGCAUCGUUUUGGCCUCACGUUAUCUUAUCGAACCAUGUGGCAGCGGCAAAUCCCGUAUUAUGCAUUUAUCCCGAGUCGAUACAAAGGGUCGCACACCUGAAUGGUACAACAAGAGCUAUGGACACAUCGCUGCCCUUCAUCUAAGCAAAAUCCGCAAUUCUUUCAAACAUACCACCGAUGGGCCCGAAAGUAAAGUUUGAGAACAGGAUGCCGUGCAACAGGUAUCGUUGCACGGUCCUCCCUUUCCUUCCUCGUCUUCCUCGUCUUCCUCCACCUCCACCUCCACCUCCACUUCCACCUCCACCCUUCAAGUACCCGAAGAGCAACAGUAUGACCACAGGAUCCUAAUGGACGUACUACAGGUCCAGCCUACCAUCGAUGAAGAAUAAUCUCGAUCGACCAGUGCGAUCGAUAACCAAAACCCACCGAUGUCGUAGUUAGCGUCGUUCAGCAACUGUGUUUGGACUUGAGAUAAGCAACCUAUUUUAUCAGAUAUAGUAGUACAAGUAGUAGAAUCUCCCGUAUGACGCGCUGUACAAAGAUCUUGCCGUCCGUUUGUUGUGAAAGUUGAAAGGGACGGGAUAUAAGAAAACGAGAAUGGACAAAACUUUAAUAGUGAAAAUGGGCUCGCGCGCGUCUAAAUCGGCCAUUUCGGGACGACCCGUUAUUUUUGCAAUUUCAAUGUUGUUGUUGUUCGAGAAUUUAUAAAUUUUAUCAAAUCCCGAUCGCAGUUGACCGCCAUUCCUGAAACCGCGUGUCGCUACGGUUUUUUCAUCUGAUCGCAUCUUCAAUGCUGAAGGAUCGAAAGACUGUCGAUAACGCUUCCGGUUGCGAGAUAGAUGAACGUCAUUUGGUGUCUUCGACGACUAUGUGUACGUGUUUAUAUAUGAAAAUAGCGAUUCCAUAGGUUUAUCCCGUAGCAAGUUCAUAUUUUCGAUAAAAGUAAAGCGGGGAGAUACGUGAGAGCACGACCAAGGUAAGAGAUGAUAUUAACUAUAUAUUUUCUCACAACAUCCUUAAUCAAUAAAACCUCCUGUUAUAAGCGCUAUUGUUUCGACUUUUACAAAUUGUAAUAUAGAUUACAAUACAAGUGAAAUUAGUUUAAAUAUUUUAUUUUUUGACGCGACAGAAUUUUAUCAUCGGACCUCAUGUCAGGUAUUUUUCUAUAGCAGAUAAAAUUUUAAGAUGAACAAAUGAAUCCGCGGGACCGAGUUUCGUCGUGAUAAAAUGUCGCUCUGUGCAGGAUCAUCCGUCUUACAGAACGCACCAAUCAGUUACAGCGCGACAGCUGCAAGCGAAACCGCAUCUAAGUUGACGGUAUUCGUACGUGAGCGUUUGUAAUGACGAUGUAUGAUCGAUGUGAUGUUUCCGUCAGGCUUCUAAAAAUGGGACGAAGCCUAGAUAGGGUGCUGUCUGGAGAUACAAAUUUCCUAUGCAUUUCGUAUAUUUUUUUUUGGACCAAAUACCAAUUUUUCUAUCACACAGUGUAUCGCAUUAAGGUAGUCGACGUGCGUCUCGGUUGAGGAAUUUCCUUCCUCUCCCAUAAAUGUUGCCACACGUAGACGAGCGAAUAUGUAAAUGUCGCGUACGCAUGUACACGUGUGUCUAUUUAUAAAUGUGCUCUUAUAAGCACGUGUUUGUUACAUGUAAAAGAGAGAACUACGUCGUUCAGUGUCGGAGUUACACGAUGCACUGCUGCGCCGUUCAAGCUGCUGUGUGAAAAAAUACGUCAUACGAGGAUACGGUUGAGCAAAAAUAACUUGAGACUACGACUUUUACGAGAAAGUUAUGCCGAUUAUUUCUAUUUUCUUGCAAGAUGAAAACGAUGAUAGUUUUGUAUUCUUUGGCUUAUGAUCGGGAAGAUUCGAAAUUUCUCUAUUUUUGUGAGACUAAAAAUAAUUCGCGUGUAGCGGUUUACGUAAACAAAGCAGCGCACUGUGCAGUUCUGCUCGUUAUCGUAGAUUUACCGCCGCGGUCACGAUCGCCGCGGCGGUUCAAGCAAUGCGAAAGGAUUUUGAGUAAAACAUAAGUUUCCAAAUCUCGUUGUUCUGCGAGUGGCGGACGACUCCACUCGACAUAAGCAAUUGUCAUUGUUACUCGUAUCGAUGUUAAGGGUUAAAAUGAAAAAUAAAAAGUAUCCGUUUUCGCCGUGACUGUUCCGGAAUCGUCGCGAGUCGACCAAUUGCGCUCGCGAAUUGGGGACACGCGCUUAGGAUGUUUAAUCGUUCGACAUGUCCGCAUGCAACAAUUACCAUAGGGACCAUCUCGUGGACGCAACAAACAACCGAAACGUUAGCCGUGUAAAAUAAAAGUGGCGAAAGGGAAGAGAACGCUAAAUUGAACUUUCCAUUGUGCGUCAAUGCAUCGCUCAAUGGCGAUGUAACGAGCAGCAGAAUUCUAUUUGAUACGACGGACUUGACAGACGGAUGAAAACCUAUUCACAUUUGUUGCGUCCACGGAUCAACUUUGUUUGGACCCCAAACAGGAAAUGACCUGCGUAAGAUGCACCUCAUCGAAUUGAAACUCUAAGUGUAUUUUAACGUAAUACUAGUCACUUACAAUAUAGCCGAGAAUUAUGGAUUACGACUAUAGAUUUUUAUUGUGCAGCGUUGCGCCGAGAAUAUUUAAAAUAUUAUUAAUUGCUACUAUAUAUAUUAUAUAUCGACGUUAAGUAAUCAUACAAAUAUAUCAUAUUUUUGUGUCAAAGACGCCAGUAGAAGCGCGACGACCGAGAUAGAGAUGCGUCGUCGGCGUUUCUUCGUAUUUGUAAACGAUAUAUGAACGUCUUUAUUCUUGUAAUCCGUGUUCCACUAGAAUGUAAAUAUGUAUAUUAUACAAUAAUGAGCAACACA